CAGGAGAUGAGCGCCGGGAACUCCUUGAACGAUCUUCCUCUUCCUGAGCUCUAUGCUCACCUCUCGCGAUCCGGGCUCAUCACUCGCCUCCUUGAACUGGCUCGGGACGAAGAUCUUGGCUUCGAUGGCAAACCUGGAGAUCUCACAUGUCAAGUGACUCUAGAGGAAUCGCAUGCGAUGGAGACCAAAGUAAUGAGCCGAGCCGAGCUUGUUACUGCAGGCCUUGCUGUGCUGCCUGAGGCUGCAAAGAUCUUUGCUCCGAAUGUCACGGUGGAACCAAAAGUGCAAGAUGGACAGAAAGUGCCCAAGGGAACAGCACUUGCUGUAUUAAGAGGGCCAUCACACCAAAUGCUCCGUCUCGAACGGGUCGCUCUCAACAUGAUCGGGAGACUGAGUGGAAUUGCGACUAAAACCAAUCAGUUCCAUCAGGAGAUGAUCAAGAUGGCUGGACAAGACUGCAGAGCAAAACUCCUGGACACCCGCAAGACUACUCCAGGCUUGCGUGUGCUUGAAAAGUAUGCAGUACGAUGCGGGGGAGGAUAUUGCCAUCGUAUGGGCUUGCAUGAAGCAGUGCUGAUCAAGGACAACCAUAUCGCUGGCUUACAGCCUAGUGAAGUUGCAGAGCGUGUGAAGCAAGCCGUCGAGAGGACAAACAAACUGAAGGCAGAAGGAGUGGAGGUCAAGUUCUUCGAGGUCGAAGUUGACACCAUUGAUCAGCUGCGCGCUCUCUUGACAUUGCCCGACGGGAAGCAUCGACUUCAUCCUCUGCGACAACUU